CUCUUCUCCAACGGACUCCAACAGACUCACUCUCACUCUCACUCUCAAUUCUACAUCCGACCCACUCUCACUCUCACUCUCCCUUCGGGAACCUCAGCGCGAAACCCUAAAACCCUAAUUCCCUGUUCCUCACAAGUCUCUCAGUCUCUAUCGCCGGCUCCGGUGCGUCUCCGACGCUGCGCCGUCCUUGCUCCUGUGCGUCUCCGUCGCGUCCUCGUCGUUCGUCGCGUCCUUGUCCUCGCUGCUGCCUCCCCAUCGCUUUCGGACAGACUUGUGGAAGCUGAUUACUAGGGAUUUGGAAUGGUAUUUCUUCAUUGUGCAUGAUAUUUCAACAACAACAAUAGAGCCUUGUCCCACUAGGGGGGUUGGCUAUGAAUCAUACGACGUCAUCUUCUCCAGGUCUUUGAAAAUGUAGUCCACUUUCUUAAAUCUCUCAAGGCAGUGGUUUUUGUCAAGUGGGCUAAUUAGUUGGUGGCCACCGCUGCGGAUGUAUUAGGUGAUUCAGGAGGAAAGACUGAGACGGGGAAAUUUAAUAUUUUGCAGGUGAUACUUAAGCGGCGAGAUCUGUCUAUGCGCGCCGCGAUUACGGCUUCGAGGAGGAUGGGGGUUACAAGGUCCAUGAGAGGGGAGAGUAUUUCGACAACAGCAGUCUCCAAGGUGCCGAGUCGGCGGGAGUGCUUGUUGUAGACAUGAAUUACAUUCUCAGACUCUUAACAAGCCUCAUGCUCUCGUAGUCAUGAAUGAUUCCGGCAAUGUCCAUGGUUCCGAGAGCACGAGGUUUGUCCUGGAGUACGAGAACGUAAUCCACGUCUACAACAAGCAUUCCUGGCGACUCGGCACCUUGAAGACUGCAGUUACCGAAAUAUUCUCCCCUCUCAUGGACCUUGGAUUUCCCACCCUCCUCAAAGCCGUCGUCCCGACGUCCAUAGACAAAUCCCGCCGCUUAAGUAUCACCUGCAAGAUAUUAAUUUUCACCAGUCUCAAUCUUUCUUCCUUAAUCACCCAAUAUAUCCGCAGCUGCCAAUUAAUUACCCCACUUAACAACGAGUUUAUGGAGCCUGCGGCUAAGGAAACCAUUGCCCUUAAGAGAUUUAAGGCAGUGGACUACAUUUUCAGAGACCUCGAGAAGAAGUUGGCUGCUGAUCGUAAAGCACUGGAGCCUCCCGAAAGCAUUGUGAGGAAGAGGCUUCUGCAGCACAAGAAGGAAGGGCUAUGGUGGCUCCUUAACAGAGAGGAAAGCGAGGAGCUUCCGCCGUUUUCGGUGGAGAAUGCAGGGGGAGUUUUUGAACCUCUUAAAAAAAAGAGUAGGUUGCAAAAUGCUAGAACCUUGGAAGGGAGGGAUCUUUGCUGAUGAAACGGAGCUCGGAAAGACUCUCACUUUGCUCUCUCUUGUGACGCUUGAUAAAGAUUCACCGUCUUAUUUGAGGUACUAUGGUAACAAAAGGACAAAGGCUGCUGAGGAGUUGAUGGCUAACGAUUUGGUGCUCACUACUUACACUACACUGGCUUUGGAGAAUAAAAGGGCCGAGUAGCCGGCAAAGAGAGUUUUUCAGGAGCCGGGCGAAGGCAAAUGGUGAUGCACCUUAAUUCCAAAAGGAGGUGGGCUGUCACCACCACACCCACCAAAGAUAGCUACGUGGACGCAUUUGCAUUCAUGAGUUUCCUGGAUUUUGAACCAUUCUCCAAUAGAGAAAGUUGGAACCAGUUCAUUCAGCGCUCCAUAAAUCAAGGCCUCGACAGCGGCCACCAGUGCCUAGAGGCAAUUUUGUUAAGAAGAACAAAAGACAAUGAAUUGUUAGGGGUGCCACCAACAACUAUUGAGAUUCUGUAUGUUGAACUUAAUGAAGAAGAACGUAAAGUAUAUAAUUGGAUAAAAGGUGAAGUGAUGCAUUUAAUGAGGAAGGAUACCAAAAGAGUUAAGUUUCCUGCUGUACUAAGUACCAUUUUGCAUCUUUGCCAAGUCUGUGCUGAUGUAGCAUUGUGCCCCAGUGAUCUCGCAAACACAUUCCGUUUAACUCUUGAAGAUGUUUCCAAUAACCCACUGUUGUUGCGAAGAUUACUUGAAACGCUGCAAGAAUGUGAAGCUUAUGAGUGCCCAAUUUGCUCUUCUCCUUCAGCAAACAUCGUUAUCACCCGCUGUAGUCACAUCUUCUGCCGAGUCUGUAUUCUGAGAAUUAUACAAUCCAGCGGAUCCCCCCGUUGUCCUCUUUGCCGUAGAGCUCUAUCUGAAUCUGACUUGUUCUCAGCCCCAAUCGAGCCUUCUAGAGCUGAUAGUACCUCUUCAUCCUCAUCAUCGGAUGAAGAGUUAUCUUCCAAAACAUCUGCGUUGAUAAAAUUUCUCAAAGAAUCAAGAGAACAGAAGCCAACAGCAAAAUCGAUUGUGUUUUCACAAUAUCGCAAGGUGUUACUUUUAUUGGAAGUGCCUUUGAAGGAGGCUGGUUUCAAGACUUGAUGACGGCUGAACAGAGGGCUGGUGUUAUUGAUCAAUUUCAAGACACUAAAGAAAAUGGACCGACCGUUCUGCUUGCAAGCCCCUUAGGGUUUCAGCUGCAGGUGUAAAUCUCACAGCGGCCACCACGGGGUAUUUCAUGGAGCCAUGGUGGAAUGUGGCUGUCAAGGAACAGGCAAUGGAUCGCGUCCAUUGCAUUAGACAGAAAGAGGCUGUGAGGAUUGUUAGAUUGGUUGUUCGGGAUAGCAUUGAGGAAAAGAUGCUGAUGUUACACGAGGAGAAGAGGGGAAGUCAUUCUAUGGACGUAAGGAAAUUUAGAUCUUUAUACUUCAGGCUACAAAAUGACUUCUUCUCCUCCUGCAACAUCAGCAUCUUUUUCUCAAUGCUAUCCCGAACAACCAAUCUAACAAUCCUCACAGCCUCUUUUUGUCUAAUGCAAUGGACACGAUCCAUUGCCUCUUCCUGGACAGCCACAUUCCAUCAUAGCUCCAUGAAAUACACCGUGGUGGUGGUCGUGAUAUUUACACCUGCACCUGAAACCCUAAGGCCCCUGCAAGCAGAACGGUCUGUCCAUUUUCUUUAGUUAUCAAAUUUCUAUUACUAAAGAGUUGGAUUAAUCUCAGCUGGUGAUGCUGGUGGUUUACUAAAUAGUAAAUAGGAUGAUGGAAUUGAACUCUGAUAUAAUUCGAAGUCUGUCCUUUUGUGUUAAAUCUAUGGGCAUAAUUUGCCAAAAAAAAAAAUAGUUGCUUCGCCAGAUCAGGUUUUUUUGGGUAGUGUAUUUUACUGCAUCGCUUUAUUCAUGCAAUCUCUAUUCUUUUUGGUUAAUUGGAUUCUCAAGUUAUAUUCAAUAUAAUAAGUUAACAACCCUUGUUUAA